UAUCCCAGAAGUCUCCACCUAACUUUCGAUCACGUGAGCAUAUUAGGAAGCGACCAUGUGAGUCGGUUCCUCCGUGUUUGACUGUGAAGGCGACACAGCCGCGACUGUCCAGCCCCUUCAAACUUCAAACUCAGCUUGAAGAUGUCAACCCUGUCCGCUGCCAGCGUCGAGGCGGCUCCAGCCAUCCAGGACAGCGAGCAGAAGAAGCCGCUCAAACCGUGCUGUGCGUGUCCCGAGACCAAGAAAGUCAGGGACGCAUGCAUCAUCGAAAAGGGAGAAGAAAACUGCACACACUUAAUUGAGGCACAUAAAGAAUGUAUGCGGGCGCUGGGAUUCAAGGUUUAACUGCUCCAUUGUGCUUGUGUGUGUGCGCGCAUCCGGGUGUUUGUGUUGCUGUCUGAACAAGUGGAAGAGGACCCUGCUUAUUCCUUUUUUUUUCUUUUAUUUCCUUUUUUUUCUAUUUAUACUCUGAGGGAAAUGCUUGUUGAUACACUGACUCUUCAGGGUGACAUUGAGGAGAAAAUGUUUUAAGUGUUAAAUUU